CUCCCCAAAUUUCUAGUAACCUUCAAAUGUUGAGAACGUCGCUCAAAUAUUCUGUCAUUUCUUUGAACCUACCGUGUUAUAACUCGAAACGUUCACCCAGUGAUUUAACCACCAACAACUCAUGGAUGUAAAGAAGUCCAAAUCGAAAUCAAAAUCCAAAACAUCCGUUCUACAGCUUGCCCCUCUGGAUUACACAAUAGACACAGCCAAACUAGCCAGUGAACUAGCUCAAAUCUAUUUCAAGGAACCCAAAUGCGAGAUAGUCAACAGUAGGGUACCACACACCAUCAAAAAAAGCACCUACACUGAAUACGAGGCGUCACCAGAAAGUUUAAUUUUAGACUCGGAGCAAAACAGAAAAAUCCACGCAGAAAACUUAGACUGGAAUGUCGGUCAUCCGCCAUCUUUAGCUGACUGCUGCGUUGUUUCGCUAAGUCGAAAUUUCGAGAAACUCAAACUUCUAAAUGAGGUACCCUGCGAAAAUAGAACCUACUUAUUAGAGAUAUUACCAACUGAUCUUCCUUUAGAGAUAUGCAUCCCACUGAUAGACUACGAACAUUACUGGAAGAGAAGACACAACGACGAAUUCGGCAUCAUAACCUACAUCACCAGAGACGACUGGAACUGGAAAUGCCUCUAUCUAGAGAGGUAUCUCAGAAAACUCGUAGAAUUCGCUGAGCCUCAAUACAACGAUGAAUUCGAGAUGAACGAGAUACUCACUCUCUUGGAUCCCUACGUCCAAACCCUUCGAGUAACUCAGCUCCAAUAUUGGCUACCUCCAGUUACCAUGGAGAAAGAAGACAUCCCUGAAAUAUACCCUGAGGACCACAUAGACUUCGAUCCCAUCUUCAAGAAAUGCCAAAGGAUCGACCAUUUCGAAUUAGAGUUUGGAAUGAACGACGUUGGUGAAAAUUUCGAAUGGAGGAUGUUCAAUAUAUCGAUAGCGGACUGUGAAAAACUAGGGAAAGCUGUUUUGAAUCUCAAACUUCUGAAGAUACUGAGAGUUCAUAAGUCUAAAUUGGAAGAUCUACACUGUCAAGCUUUAGUAAAGGGGUUGGUGCUGAAUACAACGAUAAUAGAGCUGGAGCUAUCGCACUGUAGAAUCGGAGAUCAAGGAGCUCUAUGUUUGGCGAAACUGAUCGAAGUACACCCUACUCUUCAAGUUCUAAACCUUUGCGACAACUUGGUGGGUGGUAUUGGAGGUGAAGGUAUUGGGUUCGCCCUUCUCCAAGAGAACUCCUGCCCGUUAGUUUCGUUAGACCUCAGACUGAACCCUCUGGGACACCAAGGCGCCUUAGGUCUCAUGAGAAGCCUAGUCAGGGGAAACAAACCAGAGAGGUUGAACCUGGCUUGUUGCCAAUUCGAAGACAUGACCUCUUACAUCUUCGGCUGCAUGUUGAAGGUCAACAGGAGUCUCACUUGGAUAGACGUCAGUAACAACUGGUUCGGUGAUUUUGGAGGCGAGAACCUGGUGAUAGGUUUGAGUACUAACGAAAGUGUAAAGUGGUUGGAUGUCAGGGAGACUUACAUAACCCCUGAGCAACUCACUGCAGUAAAGCAUUUGUUGAAGAGGAAUAACCAAGAGGAGGAGAGUGAAGAGGAAGAAGAGGAGGAGAUAGCGGUCGUUCAAGAAGUUAAGCCGAGCGUCACGUUUGUAGAUCCCGAGAAGAAGGAUGAUGAAGAAACGAAUGUAUCCGAGCAAACUAACGACUGAAAUGAAAAAAUGGAAUAUUUGACGAAGCGAGUGGAUAAUUAGCUGGAUUUUGGGAGCGGGUGAGGCGAUGACAUUGAUAAAAUUUGAUAUGUAUUUCACAUAUGUCUUCUCAUGGUAAAAAACGGUAAUUUUAUUAUUUGGUUACAAUGUUUUAUGGCAUAAAUUAUAUGAAAUGAAAACAAUACCUAUUGGGAAAAGCAGUGGAA